UGAAGCCGAAAAAUGGGCUACAACCUUGUGCCGUUGUUUUGGCUUUGAGGUUAGACUUCGAGUUCGCUAUGAAAAAGGGAAUUAUCUUAUCACCAGAAAAUAGUUAAAAUUUUCAAGAAUUCCGUGAUACAGAUAAAUGUGAUAAGAACAUAUUCAAGGCCCAGGACGCUGGACUCACUAGCCGUGCUGUGGGUAAAUCAUCAUUGAAGAAGAAGAACAUCCCCAGUAAAGAACUUCACUGUCUUGAACGAAAUAUUAUUCAGCCGGACAGAAUAUUUAACACGUCGAACGAUCGCGUGAAAAUUAGCAUAUAUUCGUCUUAAAUGUGCUCCACGGACUACGCCUGAUUCUUGAGACGACGUGUUCUUGAAUUCUGUUCGGCUAAAACCCCUAUGAAAAAUGGUUCUACACGUGUCCUGCACCAGAUAUCACUACAUCUUUUUCAAUGACGACGAUCGGACACAACGGAUUACGCGCGCCAAUCAGCUCAUGCGCUGGGACAACCUACAUCAGAUGGAGUGGGUCAAGGUGUCCGACAGUGAUCGGCGAAUACCAGCCAAUGCCGUAGUCGGUGGCCACUAUGGCCGAACCACACUCUACAUUGGCCGAUCGUUUCACGAGGGAUCGAUUACGCCGGGAUACGUCUCGAGGGACAAGAAUGAAUGUUCGUUACCCUGGGGUGGAAAGAUGCACAAAAAGCGCCAUUACGAGGUGCUGUGUACGCCCGGCCAGUUCGUGCCGUGCACCGACGAUACGACGCUCCUGAACGCCACUCCGGCCGGUGUAUCGGAGCAAGGUGAACCACUGUACAUUGGCCGGGUCUGGCACAAAGGCAAGCUCAUCAACGGAAAGGUUCAACGUUCGCACAACGUCUGCUACAUACCGUACGAUAGCAAGGAGCUUAACUUUAAGGAGUACGAAAUCUUUGUGCGAUCCCCGAUCGUACCGGAGCGACGAUAAUGAUGACAAACAGAAAGACGGGGGGACAGACUGAAUUGCUCGAAUGAAUCCAAAAGCUUGGCCCAAGGCGCACUAUCAGUUUCUUGGAUUUAACAAAGAGGGCUGUGGCUGAGUUUGCUGGUUGAGGUGCAAAUGGUGAUGAGAUAAUCUUUUACUUUAUUAAACUGUAUUUACAACAUGAA